AACAACAAUGUGUCCCUCUAACAUGGAAGCUCGCCAAUGUGAAUCAUUUACCCAAAGAAUCUCCUUUGACAGAGUGUAAUCAGUUGAGGCCUAUAUCGCUCACAAACAUAAUUUUGAGAUUAUUUGAAAGGGUAGUUAAUAAACAGGAGAUUGCGUCUGCAUUCAAAUCCGUGAUCGGACGAGAUCAAUUUGCUUAUAAAGAGGGAAAAAAUACUACCGAUGCUCUGAUUAUGUGUUUGCAUCAUUGGCUCAUGAAGUGGCUGGAUGAAGGCGCAGAUUCUGUUAGGGUAAUAUCAUUUGACUAUAAGAAAGCGUUUGACUCGGUAUCUCAUAACAUUAUUUGUGAAAAAUUGAAAACACUCGAAAUUAACCCGUAUACAAUAAACUGGAUUAUUAGUUUUCUGGCCAACAGAAAACAAAGAGUUCUUGUUGAUUGCAUAGAAACUGUUUAUGUUGAUAUUAACAAAGGCGUAGCGCAGGUUACGGUUUUGUGUCGCUUUCUAUUUUCGUUGAUGGUUAAUGAUAUAAAACCCAUGGAUGCGCAAAACAACCUAUUGGUCAAAUUUGCUGACGAUAUAACCACAAGUGCUCCAGUAAAAUCAGGAUCGGAUUCUGCUGAGGCUGAGGCGGAAAGCAUUCAGAGUUGUUCGGAAGCAAAUCAAAUGACAUUAAAUCUUUCUAUAACGUGGGAAAUGGUUGUGCACGGUGGGUCUAUGAAACCAUUACCGGCAUUGAACGAAAGAGCUGGUUGA